CAGUCUCUUUUCCUCUCCCUCGUUUCCAAUUAGAAAACGACCUUUUUAUACCUUCGAUCACCACCACAAGUUGAAAACAAGUUGUUGUCGUCAAUUCUGGUGAUUCAUCAUCAUCCUCUGCCAAACAUAUUCCUCAUUUCAACAAUUUAAAAGAUUAUCUAAUGUUGAACAAUCUUGGUACUCGAUUAUUCAAAUCAGUUACUGAUAAAGCUGGCGAUCUUGGAGAUAAAUUUGAAGAAGAAUUCACACGACUUUCAUUUAAUAUCACAACCGAAGUCGACUCAAUUGUAACAGAAGCCAUCUCACUAUCAUCAUAUAUUAAAGUUGUUCUUGUUAUAUUAUCAAUUUUACUUAUACUUCUCAUCAUUCGGCUCAGUGCAUUUGGAAUACGAUGUCUUGUAUUCAAGGCUCGUGAUUGGAUUCACUCAAUUGAAAAUAAACCUUCACCUCAGGUAAUUCUCUUGAUGCCAACUGAAGAUGGUAAAUACAGAAAGAGUUCAAAAGUUUAUACUGAUGAACAGACAAGACAGAUUCUAGAUAAACUCAGAGAAGAUUCUAUUGAAUUAUUCAGCGAGUCUGUGAGAGCCUCAAGCAUGGAGACACGGAGAAAUCGACCACCAAAAUUAUCGGAGAGAUCAUUUAAGAAUUGGAAAGUUCCCGAAGAAGCCGUAUAAAUGUCCAACUUCCUUACGAAACAAAUAAACACAUAAUUUUUA